GUGGUGGACUUCCGGAUCGUUCUUAGGGAUUUUGCCCGAACUUCGGUAAAGGCACCUGAUCUUUGCUUUGGGAAAGAAGGGAUGUAGCAGCACGGCCACCACACUUUUAAAUAAAGGAAUAACUGUUUAUUAAUGAUGCUAAACAGGAAGGGUCAAGUCUAGGGAAUUAUUACAUUCUAAUCUUUCAUGGUAGUUGAACUAUUUAGUUUGGUGGGCUGAGAUGUCUAUCUUUUGUCUGGUCUUGAAUGUUCUUUUCUACCGUUGCAUUUUGAUUAUACUAUGGCAAUUAUUUUUUCUUUUAUAUCCUGUAUAAACUAUAUGCUUCCCUUGUUAUGCUACUUUCAAGGGAGGUGCUGCCGGAUUUUGCAAUACUUUCUUUCUCUAUGUGUUGCAUAAGUCUUGUAGAAAGGUUUUUUUUGGUAUCAUCCAUUGUGUGGGAUCAGUGGGGUGUUACAGUUGGUAUCAAAGGCAUAGGCUGUAGGUCCUAGCAAGUGGAGUAGUAAUAAAUUGACACACUGCACAUGUAGGAUGGGUUUUCGGUCUUGCUAUUGAUAUGAUUAUGUUAUUCUCUAUGCUAGUUUUGACAUUAUCUAGAGAGAUGCUAUGCUUAUCUCAUAUACUUAUUAUUCUCAUCCCUGUGGAUACAGCUAUGCCGCCUCGUAGAGCUCGGGGUAGUCCGCAAGCUCCUAGUGGGGACUCGAUGAGUCCGGCGGCAAUGUUAGCCGCGAUGCAGGCCAUGCAGCAGGAGUUGGCCCUUCUGAGGCAAGCCAUUCCUGUCGCCCCUGCAGGUGCUGCUCAGGGAGCUGGAGGUGGAGAAGUGCCCGGGGGCGCUGUCCCUGCGGGUGCUGUUCCUGGUGGCGGGGCCGGGGUGCCUCUUCCUGUCAGUGGUCUUUCUCUGAUGCAGUGGAUGGGCAUGAAGUUGGAUUCUUUUGAUGGCAGUGGUACUCCGGUCGGGGCGGCAGAUUGGCUGACUUAUGUGGAGGAUAAGAUGAAUGUCUUCGAGAUUGCUUAUGAAGAUCGGGUUCGCUUUGGCACUCAGCUGCUGAAGGGUGAGGCGCAGAUUUGGUGGAGAGGCGUGCAGGCAGCGCACUCCUCCUCACCAGGAGUCCUAUCAUGGGAUGUUUUUAUCAGGCAGUUCGAAAGGAGAUUCUACCCGGUCACCUUUCUGGAGAAAAUGAAGAUUGACUUGCAGUCCUACAAGCAGGAGAAGAAGUCUGUCACAGAGUAUGAGGUGGGUUUCAACAAAAUGGUCCGCUUUGUCCCUCAUGUGGCUUAUAAUGAGAUGGAGAAGGCGAGCCAAUUCCGUCAGGGUCUGAAGCCUUCUAUCAGGCAUGCUCUGGGGGCCUUUCCGUUGGUGGACUUCCGUACCACAGUGGAGCAGGCGCUGGGUGUGGAGAUGCAACACCAGUACACCAUGGAGUCGCAGAAGUCUUCGGGUGUUGAUCAACCUCGUAGCCAGGACACGAGGAGGGGCAACACUGGAGGUCCAGCUCACAAGAGGGGCAAGUCUCAGCAUCAGCGCCACCAUCCUUACCGUGGCAAAUCUUCUGACUCAGGUACUUCAGGAGGAAGUACUCAGAGGUUUCGGGCCGUUCCUAAGCCCAGGUUGGGGCUGGUGUGUUUCCGCUGUGGAGAUGCGCAUCGCCGUGCAGAGUGUCAGUGGAGUGGCAGGUGUUCUAUCUGCAGUCAGGACCACAAGGAUGUGGUGUGUAGGAGGAAUCCCAAUGGGAAGCUCAGAUGGGAGCCGAUAGCUUCCUCCUCUACUCAGGGCACUAUCAAUAUGAUGUCAAGUGCUGAGCAGCAGUUUUCAGUUCCUCUUCCUCCAUAGCAGCUUUAUGUGCCCGGGACUUCUCAGUUCGUGCCGAUGCAAGGUUUUCCGCAGUAUCAGGUUGUGCCUACUCCUGCGCCGUCUACCCCUGUGAUGUCUCAGUUUGGAGCUCCGCGCCAGCCUCCUCCGGUGGCUCAGUGGGGUUCUUCUGUUAAUUUCACUCCGGGAGCUUCCUCUUCUGCGGGUAUUUCUGGAGCUUAUGUGCUACCCGCUACGGAUGGCAGGGAGCAAGGAGACGUGGUGACAGGUACGAUUUCAGUUGAUUCAUUUGCAGCCCAUGCUCUUUUUGACUCUAGCGCUAGCUAUUCGUUUGUUUCGGAGGAUUUUGUGUCGCGGGCUGGUCUUUCGGUGCAGAGGUUGGGUCACCCAAUUUUGGUCAGUUCUGCUAAUGGCUCCAUUAGUAGCUGUUCAGUUUGUCAGGGGUGUUCCGUCAUUCUUGCUGAUGAGGUUUUUUCGGCUAAUCUGGUGGUGAUUUCCUUGGGGGCAUUCGAUGUUAUCUUGGGUAUGGAUUGGUUAUCCCAGUAUCGCGCGGUUAUAUCCUGCUUCUGGAAGACAGUGUUAUUGCAGGCGCCGUCGGGUAAGGAGGUGGUAUUCUUGGGAAGUUCUCCGAAGUUCACAUUAUCCUUGUUGGCGCAAUUGCUUCCUGAUCGCUGGUCAAGGAAGUCGGGGAUCUUUUUCUCUAUGGUGGUGGAGGGCGAGGCUGCCUUGCGGGUGCAGGACAUCCGGGUGGUGUGUGACUUUGCUGACGUGUUUCCAGCAGAGCUUCCAGGCAUUCCUCCGGAGCGCGAUGCAGCUUUUGAGAUUAAGCUGAUCCCGGGUACGCAGCCUAUUCAUAAGGCCCCGUAUCGAAUGGCUCCAAAGGAGCAGAUUGAAUUAAAGUGGCAAUUGGAUGAUCUGCUGGCUAAGGGCUUCAUUAGGCCUAGCAGGUCUCCAUGGGCUUCCCCAGUAUUGUUUGUUGAGAAGAAGGAUAAAAGCAAGCGGCUGUGUGUGGAUUAUCGCGCUUUGAAUCAAGUGACAAUCAAGAAUAAAUAUCCGCUUCCCCGAAUUGAGGUCCUCUUUGAGCAGUUGAGGGGUGCCCAGGUGUUCUCCAAAAUUGAUUUGAACUCUGGGUAUCAUCAAUUGAGGAUUCGUGAGGAGGAUAUUGAGAAGACUGCCUUCUGCACCAGGUAUGGGCAUUAUGAGUUCAUAGUCAUGUCCUUUGGCUUAACUAAUGCCCCUGCUGCGUUUAUGGAAGCAAUGAAUAGGAUGCUGCAUGAAUUCUUGGACGAUUUUGUGGUCGUAUUCCUAGAUGAUAUUUUGAUUUAUUCAAAGACCGAGGCCGAGCAUGAUCAGCAUCUCCGUCUCGUUCUGGGUGCCCUAAGGAAGAAUCAAUUCUAUGGCAAGUUGAAGAAGUGUGCCUUUGGGCUAUCUGAAGUGGCUUUCCUGGGGCACGUGAUUAAUCAGCAGGGUAUUGCGGUUGACCCCAAGAAUGUUGCGGCUGUAGUGGAGUGGAAGAGACCUUCUAGUGUCUCUGAAAUCCGAAGUUUCUUGGGGCUUGCUGGGUAUUAUCGGCGUUUCGUACCAAAUUUUUCCAGCAUUGCUAAGCCUUUGACUAGGCUCUUGGGGAAGGGUGUUCCCUUCGUCUGGUCCGGCGAUUGUGAGAUCAGUUAUCAGUCAUUGAAGAGCAAGUUGGUGGACGCCCCUAUCCUAGCUUUGCCUGAGAGCGGUAAGCGUUUCACAGUUUAUACGGAUGCUUCGCGUAUUGGUCUUGGCUGUGUGCUGAUGCAGGAAGGCAGGGUGAUUGCUUAUGGCUCAAGGCAGUUGAGGAAGCAUGAGGGGAAUUAUCCAACUCAUGAUCUGGAAUUGGUUGCGGUGGUUUUUGCUCUAAAGUCGUGGAGGCAUUACCUUUAUGGCGAGGCUUGUGACAUUUUCACUGAUCACAAAAGUCUCAAGUAUAUUUUUACUCAGAAGGAGCUGAAUUUGAGGCAGCGUCGGUGGCUAGAAUUGAUUAAAUAUUAUGAUUUGUCCAUUCAUUAUCACCCGGGGAAGGCUAAUGUGGUGGCGGAUGCCCUUAGCAGGUCCGGGGUUCCAAAGGUGGCCUUGCCGAUGAUCGCUGAUCUGGACCGUUUGGGGAUCGCUUUGUGUUAUGUCGGCACCGCUAGCGAGGAGACUCAGAUGCUUAUUCAAUCCUCUCUUAUGGAGAGAGUGCGUGCGGCUCAGCAGCAGGAUCGUCUUUUGCAGGAAGCCCGAAGGAGGGUUGGUAAUGGUAAACCGCGGGAGUUCACCAUUGAUGAGAAUGACUUGGUUCGUUUCAGGGGUCGUCUUUGUGUGCCUCAGAAAUCAGAGGUGAAGCUGGAUAUCCUGCGAGAAGCUCAUAAAACGCCUUACACCGUCCAUCCUGGCGAAACCAAAAUGUACCGAGAUUUGAAGCAAAACUUCUGGUGGAAGCGGAUGAAGGUUGACAUUUCUAAGUAUGUGGCCGCCUGUGAAGUAUGUCAGCGCGUGAAGGCCGAACAUAAGCGGCCUGCAGGUUUGCUGAAGCCAUUGGAAAUUCCAGAGUGGAAAUGGGAGCAUAUCACCAUGGAUUUUGUGGUGGGUCUACCUCGUUCCCCUCGUGGCAGGGAUACUAUUUGGGUGGUAGUGGAUCGCUUGACUAAGUCUGCGCAUUUUAUUCCCAUGAAGACCACGAAUUCAGCUUCAGAUUUGGUUCCCUUGUAUAUGAAGGAAGUAGUCAGGCUUCACGGGGUACCUAAGUCUAUUGUUUCUGAUCGAGACUCCAAAUUUGUAUCCAAAUUCUGGGAGAGUCUCCACAGUGCAUUGGGCACCAAGCUUUCGCUUAGUGUCGCUUUUCACCCUCAGACGGAUGGUCAGUCAGAGCGAACAAUCCAAACCUUGGAGGAUAUGUUGCGUGCUUGUGUUCUGUCAUGGAAGGGUAGCUGGGAGGACCAUCUUGCUCUGGCAGAGUUUGCGUAUAACAACAGCUACCAAGCUAGCAUCAAGAUGGCACCAUUUGAGGCUUUGUAUGGCAGGCGGUGUAUCUCUCCUCUGUGCUGGGAGACUUUGGGAGAGAGAUCCCUGGUUGGUCCUGAUUGGGUUCAGCAAACUUCUGAAAAGGUUCGGGAAAUUCGUCAGAAUAUUUUGGCAGCUCAGAGUCGUCAGAAGAGUUAUGCUGAUGUGAGGAGGCGGGAUCUGGAAUUUGCUGUGGGUGACCAAGUCCUUCUCAGGGUAUCACCCACUAAGGGAGUUGUUCGGUUCGGUGUCUCUGGGAAGCUCAGCCCAAGAUACAUUGGACCGUUCACUAUCUUGGCCCGGGUGGGCAGCCUGGCUUAUCGCUUGCUGCUGCCGGAUUCCAUGGCAGGGGUACACCCGGUUUUUCAUGUCUCUAUGUUGAGGAAGUUCUUGCGGGACCCGGACCAUCAGAUUGAGAUGGAACAAAUUGCGGUGCAGCAGGAUCUAACUCUGGAGUGCCGUCCGGUGCGUAUAUUGGAAUUCUCGGAGCGUGUGUUGAGGAAGAGAUCAAUUAAGUAUGUCAAGGUUUUAUGGUCUAAUCAGUCAGAGCGCGAGGCUACGUGGGAACUUGAGGAGUUGAUGCGGCAGAAGUACCCGGAACUUUUCGUUGUGGGUGGUGGACUUCCGGAUCGUUCUUAGGGAUUUUGCCCGAACUUCGGUAAAGGCACCUAAUCUUUGCUUUGGGAAAGAAGGGAUGUAGCAGCACGGCCACCACACUUUUAAAUAAAGGAAUAACUGUUUAUUAAUGAUGCUAAACAGGAAGGGUCAAGUCUAGGGAAUUAUUACAUUCUAAUCUUUCAUGGUAGUUGAACUGUUUAGUUUGGUGGGC